AAGAAACAAGUUGUCGACAGUGCAGUGCACAAGGGGAGGGAUUUUAUUUAUCUCCAGCGACUCUUUUAGUUCAGCACCGCUCUCCUAGGAUGAAAGUGUAACGUAACGGUCGUCUCCCUCAUUCCCCUUUUUCUGCCUCCAAACUUGUCCACUAACUCCGCCGCGUCCGGGACGGGAUCUUUCCUUUUGAAAACGGGGAUGAUAAAAGCAGCCGAGCUCAAGGGACCGACGGAGGAAUACAUCCCAAGCCGUGUGCGUGGUUUCUUUUGGCUUUCUUAAAGAGUAAUGAUGGUGUUUUGAAGGCACGCCGCAGUGGGAUGAAUGGCAGAAGUCGGCAGUUAUUUGACCGUCUAUCCACACUGGACCCACAUGAAGUGGUAAGAGUCUGCAUCCUGCUCAACCCACCUCUCCGCUUUGUGAUUUUCAGAAAGACAUUUUUUUCCCCCAUCUGCAUUGGAUAUCAAGCCGACUUUUCUGAAGUGUUUCAGACAGUUUAACAAGAAUAAGAGGAGAAUACAGAUGUGGAGCCACCUGGGGGUGCAUAAAGAAAGCCCUAAACGACGAUAGGUCCUAGUCAAAGUGUCCUGGAUGUACAUUUCUGCCUUUUCCCCCCUGGCUGGACUCAUUUGAAUGGUUAAUAAUCGUUUAAUAACUCCAUGGCCUCUCCACAGCCUACCUGUGCAUGUGGAUUUUACACGCAAGGAGAAACCAAAUGACUGAGAGGACUUUUGUCAUGUAACCACCUUGAAAUGUCUUUGAGGGUCUUUAUUUAUCUGUUAUGUAUUUAUUGUGUAAAUUGAAGUUUUUCUUUUUAAACGCUCUGAACAAAGUUCAAGGCUGGUUUUUGAAAUCUUGUUUCUUAAGUUGAGCAUCUUUGUUCUGCUGUGUAUCUACUCACACUGUAUUUGAGCACAUUGACCUGCAACAUAAAGGACUUGAUUUUACCCAAAGCGGGUUAAAGCAUAAGAAAGCUUCACCAUGGACAGACCGAUAAGCAAGCUGUUAGGGAAGUUAAAGCUAACCGAUGCAGGUAGUGUGAAAUUCAACAGUUCGAAGAAGAAACACGACUCUGGCAACGUCUCUAACAACGGCAGUGCCAACGCUAACGUCCCGGCGGGCGAUGGAGGGGGCAGCUCUCUGCCACCCACUCCCAGCUCUGCAGCUGCCUCACCCUCAAGACCCAGCCAGUUCUCGCUUGCCUCUGCAACCACAAAUGAUCCAUGUGCUCCAGUGAAUGGAAAGGGAGGAGGAGGAGGAGGAGGAGGGAUGGGAAUGGCUCCGUCUCAGCUUUUUACCACUCCUCCUACUUCCUCCACAGUGGGUACCAUACCUCCAGAUGGUGAGCAACCGCUGCAUCCUUCCACCUUGGCACCGCUGAGGCGUCCCUCCCCCCAGCAGCGAGCUUUUUGUUACCCAAAUGAAGGUGUGGAUUCCCAUCUCAGGCGCGAGUCGGGCCUGGGCCCUGAAAGCGACCACCAGGGAGGCUCCCAGGCCUCCCUCAAUCAGCGGCGCUACUCCUUGGAGCUCCAGCAGCUGGUCCGGCGACAGCAGCUCCUCUCCCAGCCGCCUCCUCAUCCUGUAACUCAACUGUACCAGGCGGCCGCGGGAUAUGGGUCUGCUCCCAGAGGAAGUGGAGGUGGCCUGGCAGAGCCCGGCUACCUCUCUGAACACGACAGGCACAAACGUUUCUCACUGCAAGAAGCUCUUUUUUACAAACGCAUGAGCACGGGCAGUGAAUUGUGGGAGAGCGCCAGGCCUGCAUCCCUCUCUCAUCCACCACAGCGCCCGUCUGAUGUAACUGGAGGGGGUGUAGGAGGAAGCUUGUUUUACCCUCCCGCAUCCACGUUGAGCCCAUGGUCCUCAUUCAGCCUCCAGGAGUCGGCGCUGGAGAGCCCCAGGUCCAGCCUGGCCUCCAGCACGGCCAGCGGAGGGGGCGGCGGGGGCGGGAGCCCCAUGGGGAGCCGCUGCAGCAGCAACCGGACCAGCGGCAUAAGCUUAGGUUAUGACUCUCGCUACUCUGCCUCUGGAGGUCUUCCUCUGCAGCAGCAGUCGGCACCGCCCGGGGGCUCCACGGUUUGUUACGGGGCUCCGGGCCGGGCUGCGGUAACUCCCGUGGAGGCCUGGACUCAUUACCUGGAAGGAGGGAUGCGUCCAAUUGCACAAGAUAGCCGCCACUCCUACCCACCCGCUGUAGGAAGUCCAGCGGCUGCAUGCUACCAGGCAGGCCCGGAGUGGUGGGACGACGUUCAGCCCGGGGUGAGCAGCAAAGAGGCCGGUGUGGUGGGAGAAAGGGCCCGGUACUCCGACCUGCCCGGCACGCGGUACCAGGAGGAGCUGGCUCGACUUCUGCUGAGGGAUGCUGCACUAGAAGGUGGGAGAAUACUGGAGGUGAGGCUGAAGGAUCAGUCGUUCUUGGCACUGACCUCUCUUCCUAAACCUGUCACAACAGCGUCGGGACCCCCCCCAUCUGGCAGUCUGGUCAAAGCCCAAGAGGACCCGGCAACUGGGAGAGAGGCCAUUGAAAACCGGACGGAGUUCUUUGGGACCUGUGUUAAGUGUGGGAAAGGGGUGUACGGGGCAGACAAUGCCUGCCAGGCUCUGGACAGCCUCUAUCACACUCGCUGCUUCACCUGCGUGUCCUGUGGACGCACCCUGAGAAACAAGGACUUUUACAAUGUCAAUGGCUCUGUGUACUGUAAAGAGGAUUACAUGUUUUCAGGAUUCCAGGCAGCUGCAGAGAAGUGUAAUGUGUGUGGUCACCUUAUUCUCGAACAGAUCCUGCAGGCUCUGGGGAAUUCGUACCAUCCUGGCUGCUUCCGUUGCGUGGUGUGCUCCAAGGCUCUGGAUGGCGUGCCUUUCACCGUGGACCAACACAGCAACAUAUACUGCGUUGCAGACUACAACAAGACCUUUGCCCCAAAAUGUGCUGCCUGUUUACAACCCAUCUUGCCUACUGAGGACACUGAGGAGAUCCUCAGAGUCGUGUCCAUGAACAAGGACUAUCAUUUCGAGUGCUACCAUUGCGAGGAGUGUGGUAAGCAGCUCUCAGAUAAGCCCGGCUCACAGUGCUUCCCCCUGGACUCUCAUCUCCUCUGCCACUCCUGUCACAUGAGCAGAGUGUGUGCCACACACAACAGUUCCCCACACAACACACACUGAUCAAUCACUAUGCAGCUGUGGGUGUUUCUUUUGACAAAGCUGGUCUUAAAGUGCCAUCAAUUUUUUUCAUGCUUUUUGCUCACCUUUUUCCUCAAGGUGAAAGUAUUUUUAAGACAUUACAUAUUUCACAUUUCAUAUCGUUUUUGUCAUGUACUGCCUGCUGUACUUCUUGUACCAUUACUGUACCGUAGUUAAAAGGGAAUAGAGAAACUACUGCUUUUUUAACACCAAUGUGGCUACUGUUUGCUGUAGAAGAACAAAGGAUUUUGUUAAAUUGUUUUGUAUAUACAAUACAUUAUUGCUAGCGAACAAUUUGCACUUAAAUUUUACUUUACUGUAAGAUUUGUUAACUGAAUCUAUACAAGUCGAGGGGAAAACAUUACUGUAUUUUCAGUAUGUUGUAAUAAAUAUUUUCAUUCGUUCCCAGACUGUGUCUUUAUAUGUAUCGGUCAAUUAAAAA